UCAGUACAGUAACUACUUCUCGGCCCUAAAAUAGAGUCAUCUGUGAUAGAUCAGCACCCAGCCAAUCAGUAAUCAUCACGCUACCGUCGUCCUCCUUGCUCAUGCCCCGGAUCCAGCCUCACCUGAACGCCCGCCUCGACAUCCAAACACUCUUUACUCUCCAUUACCAUUACAGUAUCUCUUCAAUAUAAAGCCCGAUCGGUUAGAAAUGUAAGAGCAGUGGUACCUUCCCUUUUCGCCCUGCUCUCACUGUUACUGUUGCUUAUUGCGCCCUGCUUCGGACCUUCCUCAGCCCUUCCCAAACCAUCUGGCCGAAACCUAUCCGCUUCACCCCACGGUGACCUCCAUUCUUUACUGAUUUCCACUCCAUUUUCAUACCAUAAUCGAUACUUAGAACACCACGUCGAGCACAUUACAAUCAUGGUGUCCGACGAAACAUACGAAAUCUGCCUGCCCUUGCUUCAGGAUGCAGAGCUCGACGAUGAAGAGAAGACGGACAAACUGGAGGACUUAGUCAAGAAGGAGACAGAGCUAGCUGGACCAGCACUGGAAAACGCUGCUCUUGAUGUUCUGUGGAGAUAUCGUGAGUCCACGACAAACCCAACCUCACCUCCUCCUUUGCGCCAUACGGUCUUGCGACGCCCAUCUCCAGCUCCUUGGCCCAUCAAUAGAGGUGGUGCUGGCACUCCGGUGUCAUCAUCGCCUCGUCUGGGAGUCAGCCCUCUCGCACCACCUGGAUUCGUACCGCAGUCUUUCAGCAGAGCAAAGUCAUCGACAGCAUCUCCUUUCACAUCACCACGCCCCUCUCCAAGACUUGCUUUUUCUAGUCCAGCAAUCCCUCAUAGCCCGAGCUUGAAUGCUUACGAGUUCCCGACCGAUACGAGCCCUACACAAGACAUAUACGGAGAUUAUGGCAGCGAAAAUGUUGACUGGCUUGUGAACGACGAUGGUGGAAGUAAUACGUCCUCUUCUGCUGGAGGUCAAAGCGGCCUUAACGCUGCAGCCGCAGAGUACAUCCAACCUCAGCAGUCAGACAUGAGCCCUUACGAUAUGCUUCGCUCCAUAUUGGGACCUUCGAAGUCAGACGAAGAGAUCGAGGCAGCUCUGGCUAUGCAUGGUUAUGACUUGAGUGCUACUAUCAUGGCGUUCAUGGAAGGUCAAACAACAGAUGGUAUGACCGCUCAAGCUCAGACUACGGAAGCCAAGAAUGCGAUACUUAUCGGGAAGUCUAUGGCUGCUGAAGUACCUCGACCAGUCACUCCUGCCGGUCAACAGCGAAGUGGAGUUGUCUGCAGAUUUUGGUUGUCUACUGGACAGUGUCUUAGGGCAGAUUGCAGAUUCAGUCACGAUCUCAGUAACCACAUCUGCAAAUACUGGGUCAUGGGCAACUGCCUUGCUGGCGAUACCUGCAUCUUCUCUCAUGAUCCUUCACAUUUCAUGAAUCGUCUCGCUCUUGAGGAAAGCAGCACCCCACCCCUUCAAAGCUCUCAGCCAGGCUUCCAAUUCCAAGACUAUAAUGCUUUUCCUUCUUUGCAAACUAUGCAGGACCAGUGGCCCAGCUCAUACAGUUCCGCCAAUGCUUUUAGUAACUACCAAGGCGCGAGCUUUACUCCCCCACCUGGCUUCAAAAACAUGCAGGGCUACGCAAGUGAUGGAUCAAGUCAAAGAUCACGACCAAGUAGCCGCCAUCAAACUCGAGAGUCAAACCCAGCGGCACCUUCGCUGGACGACACAGAAGCCUUCCCUUCACUUGGCGCAGUCGCCUCAAAGGGUGGUAAGAAACACCAUGGAAAGAGAGGUGGUCAUGGACACGGCCACAAGGAGAAUGCUAUUCCUAGUAGCCUUGCGGAAGUAGUUAAAAUGUCGCCCUCCCCCGGUCCUGGUCUGAUGCGACAAGAUGCCAAGAAGAUAGGCAGAAAUGGCAGCUCCACCAGUAUCCGCAACGGAGAGAACAGUGCUGCUGCACAGGCCAUCCCUAGUCCACAGCAUAUACCUUGGCUGGAAACUGGCGAAAGAGCCAACAAAGCAUACCUCAAGGCCAGACAAGAUGCUAUCAAGCAUGGUGGCUUGAGGAACAAGUUUUUGCAAAGUGCUGCCCAAGCCUGGAAUCGCAAUGAUGCUCGCGCUGCCAAGGCCCUCAGUCUUCGAGGACAAAGCGAGAACGAUGCUAUGCGGAAAGCCCAUCGAGAAGCGGCCCGUGAAUUGUAUGAAGAGCGCAACAAGAACAGCUCCUUAAGCUCCGAGCUUUAUGUUGACCUCCAUGGUCUGCACCCAGAAGAAGCUGUUGAAUAUCUAGAGAAAGUUCUUCUUGAGAAUCAAAGGGAGACCAGACCCGUCUAUGCUAUCACUGGAACUGGCCAUCACAGCAAGAAUGGUAAAGACAAGGUCGGUAAAGCUAUUCGAAAUUUUCUGAACGAAUGGCGUUACGCCUACCGGGAAUUCAGCGCCCAAGGCGACAGAAGCACCGUAGGAGGUAUCCUUGGUAUCGAUGCUCGCUCAUGGGACAAAUCACUCACCCGCGAGGGCGUCACGGCUGCUGCUGCUGCUGCACCAGAGCCAGAGAAGGAAGAAGUGGACAUUCUUAGCCAAGGACACGAGAUUGGGCAGGGUAAGGUUCGAUUAUUGGUCAGAGAUCCACCAAAGGGUCCCGUCAAUCGAUGACAUACUACUAGAUAGCAAGAAAAAAUAAACCACUGAAACAUAAUCCAAUUGCAGUAGUAGGGGGCAUGUUUCUCUACUCAUAUCUUUUUUAUCUUCCCUAUGAAUAUUGAUCUAUCAGCAUACAGUCAAGCUCUUUUUCGGCAACGCAACAAUGAUCAUAACGUCCUCCUCACAAACUUCACCGCCAUUCCUCAUUCACUCCGUCUUCAACGCCUCAAACUGCUUAAUAGUCUCCUCAAAAGCCUGCCUCUCCGUCUCCAAAUCCGCCAACUUUCUCAUCUCAACCUCUUGCAACUCCUUCGCAACCUUCUCCUUGUACCCCU